CGGCUCUGGAGCAUAAACAAGAGUGGGGACGGUAUGAGGCGGCAGUUGGUCCCCGCGCAGCGAGAGGGGGCGAGCGGGGCGGCGACCCGGACCGGGUACAGAUCCUGAGUGUAGCGUGCUCCCGCGGGCCGCCCGACUUGAGCCGCGCGCGCUCCCGCCAAGGGGGUCCGAGUCCGUCGCGCGCGCGCAGCCAUGAACCUGGCAAGCCAGAGCGGAGAGGCCGGCGCCGGCCAGCUGCUGUUCGCCAACUUCAACCAGGAUAACACGUCCCUAGCUGUUGGUAGUAAGUCCGGGUAUAAGUUUUUCUCCCUAUCUUCUGUGGAUAAGCUGGAACAGAUCUAUGAAUGCACUGACACCGAAGAUGUCUGCAUCGUGGAGAGAUUGUUCUCAAGCAGCUUGGUGGCCAUCGUCAGCCUCAAAGCUCCCAGGAAGCUGAAGGUUUGCCACUUUAAGAAGGGGACUGAGAUUUGCAACUACAGCUACUCCAACACCAUCCUGGCUGUGAAGCUGAACAGGCAGAGGCUCAUCGUGUGUCUAGAAGAGUCGCUCUAUAUACACAACAUCCGGGACAUGAAGGUACUUCAUACCAUCCGAGAGACACCCCCGAACCCUGCAGGCUUGUGUGCACUGUCAAUAAACAAUGACAACUGCUACUUGGCGUACCCAGGGAGUGCGACCAUUGGAGAGGUGCAGGUCUUCGACACCAUUAACUUGAGGGCUGCAAACAUGAUCCCAGCUCAUGACAGUCCCUUAGCAGCCCUGGCUUUUGACGCAAGUGGGACCAAGCUUGCCACUGCUUCUGAGAAGGGGACUGUGAUUCGAGUGUUCUCCAUUCCAGAGGGACAGAAGCUGUUUGAGUUCAGGAGAGGAGUGAAAAGGUGUGUGAGCAUCUGCUCCCUGGCCUUCAGCAUGGACGGCAUGUUUCUCUCCGCAUCCAGCAACACCGAAACAGUGCACAUCUUCAAACUUGAAGCCGUGAGGGAAAAACCUCCGGAAGAGCCCACCACCUGGACUGGCUACUUUGGGAAGGUUCUCAUGGCAUCUACCAGCUACCUGCCCUCACAAGUGACAGAAAUGUUCAAUCAGGGAAGGGCCUUUGCCACCGUCCGCCUGCCAUUUUGUGGCCACAAAAACAUCUGCUCACUCACCACAAUUCAGAAGAUCCCGCGAUUGCUGGUGGGAGCGUCGGAUGGUUAUUUGUACAUGUACAACCUGGACCCCCAGGAAGGCGGCGAGUGCGCCCUGAUGCGUCAGCACAGGCUUGAUGGCAGCAUGGAGACGACCAGUGAAAUUGUAGACUCUGCAUCUCAUGACUGCCCCUUAGUAACGCAGACAUACGGCACAGCAGCUGCCAAAGGUGCCUAUGUGCCCUCGUCCCCAACAAGACUUGGUAAAGGACAGGACGCCAACUUGGAAGCCUACACCGAUGACCUGGGUGCUGUGGGUGGCGCAUGCCUAGAGGAUGAAGCCAGCGCUCUACGCCUGGAUGAAGAUAGUGAACAUCCUCCCAUGAUUCUCCGGACUGACUGAUCCUGACCUGUGAACUCUGGCCCAGGAGCAGACAACACUGGCCUGGCUGAGGACUUGAGCAUUGCUGCUAUGAACUUUGACCUGAAUUGAGGGAGAGGAUGGCAGAGACUUUAAAGCAAAGAGAUUGUAGUUAUAGCCUAUCCAUACUGUUGAGAAAAUACAGGUUUCACUUCAGUGACUAA